AUGACGUUAUACUCUCAGAAUUUAAAUCCUUCCAGCAUCAACAUGAACAUGAACAUCAAUAUGAACAUCAACAUUGAUUCUCCAGCUGCCUCUUCUGCCUCUGCUGCUGCUGCUUCCUCUGUAGCAAAGUCUGGCAACAGCUCAAUUAUUCCUUCCUCCCUACCUGCAAAUCUUCACCUCAAUGGUACUGCGCAGUCCUUUUUAACCAGCAGCAUUCUCAACAAUAAUGGCAGCACAAACACCACAACAAACACACACACUGUCAGUAAUCUCAACAACAGCAGCCACCACAGAUUGAACAGCUCUCUCGGCAAGAGCAACCAUCUUAAUGCCAACCACUCCUACCUCAAUAACCAUAUUCAUAACCACAACCCACCUAAAAGACGAUCCUCUACUACUUCUCCCUAUGCUAUUCCAGCAAAACCAAGGGCAAACUCCUCAUCUCUACCUUACUCUCUUCCUCCCUUGCGCCAUUUGAAUAACAGCUCAAAUAGCAUUAACAGCAACAACCCAUUUUCUAGCGAGUAUAAAAUAGACACUAGCAAUAGCAUCAACAGCAAUCCUCCUCUAUUGACAAGGGAGUUUGUUAUUAGAAGAAUUUCAGAGGGUGAAUCUGGCAGGUUAAAACAUGAUAUCAAAUGCGAGGCCUGUGGAAAGGGUUAUAAACAUAUAUCGAGUUUAGCUAAACAUCUAUGGGAACAUACUCCUGAAUGGAACUAUACUAAAAAAUUAUUAAUUUCAAAACAUCAACAAGUCCAGUUAUUAGAAGCUGCUAGUAUAUUGGUUUCGAUGAAUGAAAAAUUUCCUCCAAAUAAACCUUUAAAGAGUAAAUUAUCUCAACAGCCAUCAAAUGACAAUAGCGAUAAAGAUAUUAACAUGGAGGUUGACAGCAACAAUACUAUCAAUAAUAAUAAUAAUAAUAAUAAUGAUAAUAAUAAUAGUAUGAAAAAUAAUCUCAAAAAUAAUCCUAAUAACAAUCCUAAUAAAAACCUUAAUAAUGAAAAUUUUAUAUUGAAAAAUGAAAUUGAAUAUGAAAAUUUAAAUAAUAUCAAUAAUUCAAAUAAAUUUACAACUUAUUUAGACAAUGAUAAAAAUAAUAACGGUUUUAUUAACAAAACAAAUGCUAAUACUAUUAAAAAUUUUAAUACCAACAACACCAAAAAUAUCAAUAGUAAUAAUAUAAAUAACAAUAAUAAAUUAAGAAGAUUAUCAAUAGACUCAAAUUUGACUUCAUUGUCCUCUAGUUACAGAAAUGAUAAUAUAAAUAAAAAUAGUUUUAAUGAUUUAGAUGAUGAAUAUGAAGACAAGUAUUUACUUCGUGAUAUUAAUAACUGA